AUGGCUCCAAAGAGACAGGCUCCAGUGUCUCCUGCAUCUCCCGCCAAGAAAGCAAAAGGGUCGUCCGGCAAUCAGCAAAAGACCCUCGCCUCCUUCUUUGCCUCUCCCUCAAAGGCAAAGUCGUCGAAACCGAACGACAGCGAGGUCAUCACAAUUGACGACUCGGAUGAUGAAGAGCGUCCUGUUCCAGCGACAAUGAAGCUGCCAACUGUCGGGGAGAAGUCCCGGAAGCAGGCGACGUCCGCUCUCGGGUCUGAGGGUGCCAGAUCGGAUACCGACAAGAUUAGUCGGGACAACAAGCCCAUAGACAUACUGGAUGAUGAAGAUGAAGACAUCAAGCCUGUUCCCGAAUGCUCGAAAAGCACGCAUCCUAGCAAGGGAAAGGCCUCGAUAUCAACGCAGAAGAAGGACGCCUUUUCAAAGACUCCAGUCAUAGCAUCGGAGGCAGGCAACUCUGUCCAGCCUCUUGACUUUGACACUGAUCCCUUCGUCUUUAUCCCCUCCAGUAUCGAUACUGCCCUAUGGCCGAAAGGUCGUCUACCGUAUAGCAUCCUUGUGGGCGUCUAUGUGCAGGUAUCCGGCACGCGAUCUCGGUUGGCUAUAGUGCGCAUAAUAACCAAUUUCUUGCAUCUCGUCAUGCAUGCUUCUCCUGUCGACCUGUCCCCCUCUCUCUACCUUCUAUCCAACCAUCUCGCCCCCUCAUAUGUGCCCUGUGAUCUCGGCAUCGGUUCGCAAAUCCUUUCCAAGGCUAUGCAAGAAGUCUCUGGCCUCCAGCCGCGCGAUCUCAAGCGUCUGUAUCAAAAGUAUGGGGACCCUGGGGACGUCGCUUUUGAGGCCAAGACCAAUUUGCGAACGCUCAUCAAGCCAGCGCCUCUGUUGGCAGCAGAUGUCUAUGAGAAGCUCAUCGGGCUAUCUAAAAUCAAAGGCAGCUCCAGUGGGAAGGUGAAGGGUGAUAUUGUUCGAAAGUUGAUGGUCCAGGCAAGAGGAGAAGAAGUCAGAUUCUUGGUCAGAAGUAUGAUAGGCAAUUUAAGGAUCGGAGCCGUAAAAUUGACGCUUCUCACCGCCUUGGCCCGCGCCACAGCACUACUCCAUCUCCCCAAGGACCUGCGAUCCACCAUACUUCCACUCCCUGUACCGACCCUUGAUGGCAAAGGCAAACGCUCGACCAAAGUGAAACCAGAGACGGAUCCUUCUCGUGAAGCAGCCGAACAACUAUGCCUUUCGGCUAUCGGUGUGGUGCGCAAAGCAUACGUUCGCCAUCCAAACUAUGCGCACCUGAUCAAAGGAUUAGAGCUUGGUGUUGAGGGUCUCGAGGAGAGAGUUGCUGUGACUGUCGGUAUACCAUUAUCCCCCAUGCUUGGAUCUAUCACAAGAUCGCUCAAUGAGGUAUUUACGCGACUUGGCAAGCUGCCGUUCACAGCCGAAGCCAAACUGGAUGGGCAGAGAGUACAGUGCCAUGUAAGGCUCGAAGGACCGCAAGGCGAGGAUGACGGAGGCGGUAGAUGGGUUGUGGGAGACACUGGCGACAAGAUCUGGGUCAGAUUGUUCAGCAGGCACCUCGACGAUAUGACCGAAAAGUAUCCAGAUGUCUGUCAAUUACUUCUCCGGCUUUUAAAACGCACUUUGCCGGCCGAGCGAUUACCUUUUCCUUCAUCGACAUUGACCGAGCCCCAGUCGGUGCUCGAUCUCCUCAAGACGGAAAAGAUAACGUCAUUCAUCAUCGACGCAGAGAUAGUAGCCAUUGAUAAAGAUACCGGUGCUUUCAAAACUUUCCAAGAGCUGAGCAAUCGAGCCAAGAAGGAUGUAAGAGAAGAGGAUAUCAAAGUCAUCGUUGGUGUCUACGCCUUUGACCUCAUGGUGUUGAAUGAUAUACCACUUCUGGGGAGCCCCUUUUCGCACCGCCGUCACUUGAUGCGUACUUUCCUACCGCCAUUGACUCCGACCAAAGUCUCUCCCCAAAGCUCACUUAUUGCUGCUCGGUUCAAUCACGUCGAAUCGGUCGACUCGACCAAAUUUGAAGAUGCACCCGCAGAACUACAAGCGUUCUUUGAAAAAGUAGUAGAGAACAAGUGCGAGGGGUUGAUGGUCAAACUUCUCGAGAGUGGAGAAGGGCUGGAGGGCGAAGAUGCAGAAGCGGAAGAGGAGGGAGAGACCGAGGUGAAGCGCAAGUUUGGCAAUAGAAAGCCAUUACCUGCCACGUAUGAACCAGACCAAAGAAGUCAGGGCUGGCUCAAAGUCAAGAAAGAUUAUCUGGAAGGCCUUGGUGAUUCGCUGGAUCUUGUACCGAUUGGUGCUUGGUGGGGCAAUGGACGAAAGGCGGGCUGGUGGAGCCCGAUUCUUCUGGCCUGCCAUAAUCCAGAGAGCGGCGCACUAGAAGCUGUCUGUAAAUGCAUGUCUGGGUUUUCUGACGCAUUCUACAAGGACCUCACGAAGCGGUAUCCGGCCGAAGGCAUGCCUGAAAAAUGCAACAAGGCGACUCCGCUAGGGUAUAUCGAUACCAAUGGGCUGACGCCGGACGUUUGGUUUGCUCCGAGCGAGGUGUGGGAGAUUCGGGGUGCAGACAUCACACUAUCGCCAGUCUACCCAGCAGCUUCUUCAGCUCUGGGCUCUGAACGCGGCCUCAGUGUCAGAUUCCCAAGAUUCAUGAAAGUCAGAGAGGAUAAGACUUGGGAAGAAGCAACGACGAGCGAGCAAUUUGCAGACAUGUACAGGAAGCAAAUGGAGACAAAGCCAGAAGCUGCAGAGGGCGCGGGGGAAGAAGACGAAGACGUAUAA